AUGUCCACGUCAGUUUCAACGCCGUUGUGGGCAAAACAGACCGUCAGUGCUGUUCAGAGUGCCUUGAUGGAGUUCCCGGGUGGUGGACACUGCUCGCACCGGGCACUUGGUACCCCCGAGCUCACGGUUGGGGUGCUAGGACAAGCACAUCCAAGCUCCAGUGUUAUGACAGAAAUCGAGCCAACAAGUAUGAGGUCUGCCAAAGAAAUGAUGUUGCCCAUCGAGCUCACGACUGUCUGCAUCACAAGCUUGCUUUAUGGCAUCUUCUUGCUGCUAUUCGGAUCAUUCGUCUACAUUUCCACAACGUGUUUGCCGCCCACUAUCAAUGGCUUGUGCCGUGACCCAUUCUAUGUCUCACUAACAUUCAUAGUUGGUAUGGUGUUGCUUAUGUUGAUCAGCGCUAACUGGGUGCUCACAAUUGUUCACCUUUUUGACGGGCUGAUGGAUGACACCGGAGAGCUUCAACUGAGGCUCUUCUUCUACGACUUGGUCAAUCCAACUUAUGUUGCAAAAUCUGUCCUAUACUUCAUGACUGCUUUGUCACAGGAUACGAUCAUCGAAAUGACCAACUGUCCCACAGCGGCUGGGGCAAAUGGUGCCUAUCAACUUUCAAGGCAUACCGAAGGAGACAGAAUUGUCAAUAGGUCGGCCGGCCACUGGAUCGUCAGCGCUGCAGUGCUAACGUUUGUCACUUACAGUAUGGAAGGGAUGGAGCAUCAAGAGGAGGACGUCCUUGUUCAUGGACAGCAAAAUUUUGCUUUAGCAAGAUUUGAUGCGUUCUGCGACUUCAUCUUCGCCGAUCCUGCGAGAUUGUCCUACAUUCGCUCCACGAAGUUACCAAAAGCUGAAGACCCACAUUUAUCGCAUCGCCGCCUUCCCGCUGCGGUAAAAAUGUGGGCAAAAUCUUUGGCUCGCCUACUCAGCGGUGUCCCUGCUUUGCGAUCGCUAUCAGUGUACAGCUUGGACACCAUGAUUGUUGAACAUUCAGACCUUGCUUUGGCCCUCCGUAAUUCCUCUGCUCUACAGCAUGUUGAGCUGGUACAGUCACCCACAUGGUCGCUUCGACAUAUACCAAACAACCUACGCACGUUGCGUCUGGUUGGCAUCGACGAGCGCAGGGAGAACCUUUAUUCACUGCUUUCUGCCACUUCAUCGCUCCCUCAUCUUCACACCCUUGAAUUGCGCUCUGUCAUUCUAUCAAAUGUACACGAAACGAGAUUCCUGUUGAUGCUCCCCGGGUAUCCUCAGCAGUCCCAAUGGACUCAUCUCAAGAUGAUGUACACCGAUGUCUCGUUCGGUGCCCGCUGUAGCCACGUCGUCGGGCCUAUUUGCCACCUUAUACUUUCCACCACGCAAUUCUGGUAUCAGCGCAUAGCAACGAUGAUUGCAGAAUACAUAAUGACCAAUGACCAACACGAAGACCCUCUCAAUCUUUCUCAUCGGGCCGUCGAGGAGCUCAUGACCUCAGCGCUGAGGACAUUCCUACCUCUACAGCUCGAGAGGCUCGAGCUACGCUACAAGGGAGGCUACAGAGUAGAUCGGUCGGACAUUCCGGAGGAGUAUCUCCGCACAAUUCUCAAAGCUGCCGAGUCGCUCCCGACAUUGGCCUAUCUGGGUGUCCGGCAGAGAGCCUCCAAUUCUCAGAAAGCUUCCGGGGAGGAUGUGAAUGGUCCUUACAUGCAGACUUGGUGGACGUUUGAGGAACAGGACGGGAGGCGGGAGGCGUGCCUUGUACCGAUGGAAGAAUGGAAGUUGCUCAUUGAUGAAUGGGGUAGUGCUUAG